AUGGAUUUUGAAGAUGAUUUCGCCUUCAAGGAUGACGAAGAGGUUGCCAUUCCUCGCGCAUCAUUGAACAAAUAUAUAAAAAAUAUUCUACCGGAUGCUCGUCUUGCUAUUGAAACGCGUGAACUGCUUCUUAGUUGCUGUCACAAAUUCAUCCACCAGCUCUCCACCGAGGCUAAUGCCGCUUGUGCUCGAGCUAAUAAGAAGACAAUCAACCCCGAACACAUCCUUAGUGGGCUUGAUUCUAUGGGCCUUUCAAGCUACGUUGCUGAUGUUAGGGCGGCUAAUGAGGGAGCCAAAGUGGAACUAAAGGACCGAAGAAUGCUCAGCGCGAGUCACCGAUUCAAGAAACACGACAGUGCUGAGUUACAGCGACUUAUGGAGGAACAAGAAAGGAUUUUUGAAUUGGUUGGUGAUCUCGGUUUUGUAAAAUGUUUUGAAAUCUCUGGAUCUCUAUUUUGUGAUCCACCAUUAAAUCAUUUUCCAUUGCUUUAG